CGCCGCCGCCGCCGCCGCCGUCUCGGUCUCCGCAGUGAGGUCACGGGUGGGCGGCGCGAGCGCGGCGCCUGUUCCGCUCCCCGCGGCCGCCGGAGCCCCCGCGGCGCCGGGUUAUCAGGAAGGACGAGCAGAACUCUGUGCUAGCACACGACAUGCAUCCAGCCCAUGGCCUGGAUCUCACCUCUAUUACUAAUAACUUGGGCUGGGAAAAUUCUGACACACGCCAGUGACAUCUGGGCGAAAGGUGACUCUCUAGGGACGUUUAGUUUUUGCCGUUGGUCUGGAUCAGCCUUUAAUUUUAGGAUUUAUUUGUGAACUGCCAUAAUAGCUGUCACGGUGGUGGUGGUGAAAUCAUAAAGCUGGCAGCACAAUAAAGCAAGCCCUUAAGAUUGUGUUUGAUCUCUGGGAGCUAAAAGUGCUGAAUAAAAUUUUCAUACAACGUAAACUACGUUUUGGAUCAGUUUCGUUGAGAUUGACAUUCUUCUAACUGAGCCCAUUUUUCUAUUUUAUUAUUUAAAUAGAGACUUAUUUGAAAAGACAGUAUAUUUUUUAAAGGAAAAAAAAACGAUUGAGGAUGAACACCCAUCAACGCAUCGUUUUUUAUUAAAUUGCUGAACAAGACUACUGUGUAAAGUAGUGGCUAGGGUAUGAAGAAAACCUUUUGUAUACAUAUUGCAUUGGGGUUUUUAUAUUAUGAAAUUUAACAAAUAGCUAAGAAAAUAGUGUAACCCCCUUCGUUAGUAGUUUUACAGAAUUACAUACAAAAUGGGUUACAAUUUUUACUGUUGAAUGCUGAAGAAGAUGUUUUAGGGAAAGGAGCGUGCAGCUCCAAGAUCACAUGAAACUAUUUUUUAUAUAAAAAGUAAGAAAAUGCACAUUCAAGACUGGCUUAAUUAAAGCUCAGUGUUCAGCAAUGGAAAGCCCACAGAUAAACUUCCCUCUAGGUCUGGUUUCAGACCAAAAAAGAAGCAGGAUCCAAGAGGAUGGGAGUCCUCCACUGAAAAAAGCAAUGACUGAAAUGCAUGUAAAUAACAAAGUACAGGUAGUAAUAAAUAAAUUGCCAACAAUAAAGAAGGAAAACCUGGAUGACUAUGAUGAAGCUCCGGUGGAGGCUGAUGCGGAAACCGCCAAGCCAAACAGUGCUUCACUAUCUGAGCCUUUGAGUUUAAAUCCAGGUUUGAAACACACGUUGGCACAGUUCCACCUAAGCAGCCAGAGUUCACUGGGUGGACCUGCGGCUUUCUCAGCUCGGUAUUCCCAGGAAAGUAUGUCACCCACUGUCUUCCUGCCUCUCCCAUCACCACAAGUCCUCUCUGGUCCGCUGCUCAUCCCUCCAGACAGCUCCACGGAGCUCACGCAGACCCUGCUGGAGGGGGAAUCCAUCUCUUGUUUUAAAGUCGGAGGAGAAAAAAGACUUUGCCUGCCUCAAGUAUUGAAUUCGGUUCUCCGAGACUUUUCCUUGCAGCAGAUCAACACGGUGUGUGAUGAGCUCUAUAUCUACUGCUCAAGGUGCACUUCUGACCAGCUGCACAUUCUGAAGGUUUUGGGAAUUCUUCCGUUCAACGCUCCGUCCUGUGGGCUCAUUACGCUGACGGACGCUCAGAGACUAUGCAAUGCUUUACUGCGCCCUCGCACUUUCCCCCAAAGUGGCGGUUUCCUCCCUGGUAAGAACACCUUGGCCCAGCUGAAAGAGACUGGCAGUGCCUUCGAAGUAGAGCAUGAAUGCCUGGGCAAGUGCCAGGGGUUGUUUGCACCUCAGUUCUACCUUGCCCCGGAUGACCCGUGUAUCCAGUGCUUGGAAUGCUACGGGAUGUUCUCACCCCAGACCUUCGUGAUGCAUUCACACAGAUCCCCAGACAAGAGGACCUGCCACUGGGGGUUUGAGUCGGCCAAGUGGCACUGCUACCUGCACAUUAACCAAAAAUACCUGGGCACAUCAGAAGAGAGAGAGCUGAAGCAUCUCUUGGAGGAAAUGAAGGAGAAAUUCAGUGAGAAAAAUCAGAAAAGAACUCGGUCCAAAGCAGAGUCACAGCAGAACCUGGAAUUAUCACAGUGGUAUCCAGUUAUAAAGCAAGAAGCAGAAACUGAUCCUCAACCACCUUCCUUUUUCCACCCCAGUUACUACCUUUACAUGUGUGAUAAAGUGGUUGCCCCGAAUGUGUCUCUUGCAUCUCAAUAUAAAGAUGUUGCAAAAACAGCGGUAAAAGCUUCAGAAGUUAAUAAAUCCUCACCUGGGCAGUCAGAGAAGAAGCUCAGUAGUGGAAAGCACAAAAAAUCUGCCUCCUAUCCAGAGCUUUCUCUUGAAGAACAGGAAAAAAUGGACUUGAAAACUGGGGUGGAGCAGCCAAAUAAACGUUUAGAUCCUCCUGUGUCAACUCGUUCUGUGAGAGGUGCAAAGUCUGAGCGCGUUUCUUCCAAAAUCCCCAGAGACUCUGGCCGUGGGGAGGGACGUGCUGAUGCACGAACCUUGUCCCCCACGCUCAUGAAGGACAUCAGCUGUGAGGAUGACAAGGGAAGGAUCAUGGAAGAAGUCAUGAAAACCUACAUCAAGCAGCAGGAGAAGCUGAACACGAUUUUGCGGAGGAAGCAGCAGCUCCAAAUGGAAGUGGAAAUGUUAAGCAACUCUAAAGCUAUGAAGGAACUGACUGAAGAGCAGCAGAAUUUACAAAAAGAACUCGAGUGUUUGCAAGCAGAGCAUGCACAAAGAAUGGAAGAAUUUUAUUUUGAGCAGAGAGACUUGGAGAAGAAACUGGACCAAGUGAUGAAGCAAAAAUGUAGCUGUGACUCCAAUUUGGAAAAAGAUAAAGAAGCUGAAUAUGCAGCACAGCUGGCAGAGUUGAGGCAGAGGUUGGAUCAUGCAGAGGCAGAUAGACAAGAGCUCCAGGAUGAACUGAGACAGGAACGAGAGGCCCGGGAAAAGUUGGAGAUGAUGAUAAAGGAAUUGAAGCUACAGAUCCUGAAAUCUUCAAAAAAUGGGAAAGGAAAAUAGAAAUUGGAAGAGGAAGCAUGACUGUGUCCUUCAAACAGGGUGUUUUGGUUUUCAUGAUUGUGAACAAUUUUUGUGUGCUGAGAAAAAGUGUUCUCUAUGGAUUUCUAUCUCCCAGACAGGUCCAGAUCAAGAUAUACAUAGAUAUAAAUAAAUAGAGAUAGACAUUUUUAGAUUUUCUUAGCCAAUGAAAAUCUGCAUUGAUUUGUACUGGUGUUUUUUUCAAGCAAUGAAAAAAUACGAAACUCUUGAUUUAGAGUGACCAGUUUCUGUCUAUUUCUAAUGCAGUCUUAAGGACUCUACACCCUUUAACACUGUCUGUUAAAACAUAUGUGGGUAUCUUUAUUUUGCUAUCAAUUGCACAUCCAGUUAUAAAAGUACAUUUAAAAUAUCCUCAAUUCUUCAAAGUCUUAAAUAGUUUGGGUUUCAGUAUUCUUGAACUGAGGAAAGUAAAGGCAGCUUUUUGUCUGUAAGGCAGAGCUCAAAAUUGCCAGAACUGAUUGUUGAUUGAGUAUCAAAAGUGAUUUACCAGCAUGAGUUUUUCCCAUAAAUUCAUUAUGUGAAGUCAGCUGAUCUUUUCAGUAUUGUCUGUUUAACAACUCAUUAUCAAUCUAAGGAGUGUUAGAGCCAGCACUUUCUUGCUCUGCUGGAAAAGGAAAACAUUAGGGGUUGUUUUUUUUAUUUUGGUUUGGUUUUGUGAAUUAAAAAAUUUGCAAUUACAGUGGAAUCUUGGGAAGUUAAAAAUUUACAAGGUUUCUUCUGUUUUCUUCUAGUACAUAUGAAAGAAACAUUAAUAAAAGGCUUGAAGGUGGGGCUUUUCCUUUUAGAAACUGAGAAAGUUUGAUUUAACUGUUUUUCAGAUAUUGAUGCUUUCAACAAAAAUAAUAUUUAUUAAGGAAUAUAUAUUAAUUUCUUCAGUACCCUAAGCCUCUACACUUCAAGCUUCUUGCCAACUUGUGGAUUUUUCUUUCAAUACAUAGAACAGGCCUUAACUGACAUUGUGAUCAUAGCUUAAAAUAUAAAAUUCUGAGGUAUGGCACUUUGAAAAAUCAUUUUGAUAGUCUCUGUAUUUGAAUGACAUGGUGGGGUUACCAUGAAUUAAGAAAAUACAGCAUGUUUGUUAAGCUAUAACAUUGGGAAAUGUGUAAUUGUACAGAAUUACUGUUUUAUGUAUAUAUAUAAUGUCUGAGUACUUCUGAAGUUUGGUUCCUAGUGGGUUAAAUGCAUGGCUAAAGUUGGAUGAAGAAAAACUUUUUUGCACUUCUCUCCAAAAAAUUGGAUACAGCUGGCAGAUGUCAGCUGGUCAUGUCAGUGAUAGGAAUAUUUUAGUAAUUCUAGUGUUUCAUUACAUAAUUUUAACUUGUACUUUUAGUUUCUGGUUUUGAGGUACUUAAAUUUAAUAUUCUCAAUAACUCAGUUAUUUUUGGAUGAAACCACUAGUAAAAGCCUACAUUGAUUUUUUUCCCCCUCCUCAAUAAGUAAAACAGAAAAAUCUUUUUUGCUUCUCUGUUUGUGAUAUAACAA